AUGCCUGAUUCAGACCAUUCAGAACACAGUGACGCUGAUACCUACAAAUCCACCGCUGAUGAUGGAAAAGAUCAAUAUGGUACCUGGGCCGAGCUUUUCCGCAUCCAUGCUCGCUCACAUGGAGUCCUGCAUCACAUCGUUCCAUCUAUCGGAAAAGAACUACCAGUUGUUACCGACGCCAAACAUGAACAAUGGUCCACUCUUGAUUCCACCGUUCUUCAGUGGAUUUAUUCCACUAUUUCUACCAAUUUGUUGACCACUAUUCUGGAACCCAACUCCACUACAAUGGAAGCAUGGAAUCGCUUGGAAAAUAUUUUUCAGGACAACCAAAAUGCCCGAGCUAUCACUCUUGAGCAAGAGUGUUCUAACACUCGUAUGAAGGAUUUUCCCAAUGUCUCUGCUUACUGUCAGUGUCUUAAGAUGCUUUCUGAUCAGUUGAGAAAUAUCGGCUCCGCUGUCAAUAAUCAUCGUCUGGUCCUUCAGCUGAUCUCUGGUCUCCCAAAAGCUUACCGCAGUGUUGCUACUUUGAUUCGUCAGAGCAACCUUCUUCCAGCAUUCUAUCAGGCUCGUUCCAUGCUAACUUUGGAAGAAGCCGGUAUGGCUAAGAUGGCAAACACGGGCUCUCAUGCUGCUAUGCACACUACUCAGCCGAAACCUACUAAAGACACCUCUCAGCGUGGCUACCGCCGCCCCGGCAACCGUUCUCGCUCCCGUGGAAACCAGGGUCACGAAGGGGGAUGUGGUAACCGUAAUGCACCUCAAUCUGGAGCUCCUAGGGCCCCCCCAUCUUGGUCCGCUCCUCCUUGA